UCUGUUUGUUUUCCUAUUAAUAUUGCAUAACACCUCACAGUUCAGACUUUACUGUUAACAUAAAGACAGAAGGAAAAGUUUUUAUUCUUGCUUUGGUUUGCAUUGGAUAAAGCAAGGUCCUGAAGACGUUAGACCAACACAGACGUUCGACAUGGUAAAUCUUAUGAAAAUAUUCAUCGCUGCCUUACCGAUUCUACUUGUAUUCAUGCCAAUCAAGUUUUUACUCAGCGCACCUGCUGAGAUGCUUGCUGAAGGGAUAAAGUACAUGUAUUGUCUGUAUGUGUUCGGACAAAUUGUCGCCAUGGUCAUAACACUGUGUGUUUUGGUCUGCUUUUUACUGACUUUUACGAAAAUGCUCCAGCAUGAAGAGCAAGGAUUCAAGUCUAAGGCAACUCAACUACAAUCGAGAGUCAGCAAUUUUGCCCCAAUCAAAAUGGAAAACACAUGCAACAACUGUAGAAUUCAAAGAGAGGGAAUGCAGAAGUGUGGACGAUGCCACUUGACGUACUACUGCAGUAAAGAGUGCCAGAAAUGGGACUGGAAAACGAACCACAAAACAAUGUGUGAUGACCUGAAGAAUGCCAGAGAUACGGAGAUAAACGAUGGAAAGGGUAAUUCCUCUUCUGGUGGACUUCUUAAACAGUCAUUGACCGAUUCGACUGAUCUUGCUUCGAGCGCAUUGUGUAUGUUUUGUGGAACUAGUUCAGGACAACUCAAGAAAUGCGGACGUUGUCUGACUGUCAGCUAUUGCUCGAAAUCAUGUCAAACGCAAGACUGGCCCGACCAUAAAACCGUUUGCAAAAGUAAGGACAUUGUUGACGUUAUACAGACCGAUGGGUACAAGGAACAGUUGAAGAAAUCAAAAUCAGACAGAAUUCUUUCGCAAGCGACCCAGGGCCGUAAUAGUUUUACUGCUUUUGAUAAUGGACACCAAGUGAUGUUUGGACCCUCAACAAUGUUCCGAACGGAUUCCGCAGAUCUUUCUUUGCGAAAGUCAACAACAAAAUACCUUAGAAGACAGGCAAAGCUAUACGUUGAACGAAAGUUUCCCAUGCAAUACAUUAUUGACGAUAUUGAAGAAAUACCUCAUGAAUUUCCUUUGAGUUUUGGUAAUACAAGGGUGUCCUUCGUGGGAUUUAUUUCCAGAUACCACCACUAUAGAGGGCGCCACUGUGUGUAUGUACAGGAUGGCAGUAAUGCUGAGAUAUAUAUCGGAUUUUACCUUGAUUACGAUAAUCCCUAUCCGUAUUUUACCUGGGGAGAUGUUCGUCCUGGCAAAUUCAUCUGUCUUCACGAUCCAAAAAUUCAUUUUUUCCUUGAUGGAUCUGUCGGAAUCCGUGUCAAUGAAAGCAGAGAGGCCUUCUUUUUCGAUGUCUGAAUUCCUUGACUCUUUGAUUACACAUUAUAUUAAGUACAUACGUGUAUAUACGUUUUUCCUGUUUGGUUGUGAUGGUUUUUUAAAACAUGUUUGUAAAAGUUAUAAUUAUUAAUGUUUUUGAUUCUCUUGUCCAUAUCUAGAUGCUGUUAUUUU